CUCUAAAUAGUAACCCCAAAUGUAGCAUCUAUCCCCUUCUCCUUUUUCCAUAUCUAAAACCCUAAACCCCAAUCAAAAAAGUUGCAAUUCCUUGCACACACCAAUGGAAAACCCCUCAAAAGCUCCAAACCCUUUUCUAAAAAUUGAAGAAAUACAAGGUAAAGGAAGAUCCCUCAUUGCUACACAACCCCUUAAACCUGGCCAAAUAAUCCUUAGAGACACCCCUCUCCUCCUUUACCCCGCUUCGCCUUUUAACAAUAAAUUUUGCUCAAAUUGCUUUAGAAUAAUUCAAUGUUCGCACAUUCCUUGUCCUUCUUGCCCUUACGCAUUUUUCUGUUCAGCAAACUGUCAGUCCAAAUCAAUAUCCACCUCGCACACCCCGUGGAUUUGUCAGUCUUUAUCUGGCAUGAUAAACAGUUUGCAUUUUCCUAAACUGAGUGUAGAUCAGCAAGUUGAAGCUCUUUUUCUUGUUGCAGCGUAUAACUUAGCUGUCGUUUCGCCUAGUUCUUUUCGAGUACUUUUAUCCCUUCAAGGGGAUUGGGGUGGGUCGGUUGUAAGUGAGGCUGGUGUUGAUUUGCUUCAUUCGGUUGUUGGUUCGUGCCCGAAUAUGAAUGUUGGUGAAUUUGGGUUUUCGAAAGAGCUUACUGCAGCGCUUUUGGCUAAGGAUAAGGUGAAUGCGUUUGGGUUGAUGGAACCUUUUGAUCCUGAUAGAGGAAGUGGUGAAAGGGGUGUUAGGGCUUAUGGGAUUUAUCCUAUGGCGUCGUUUUUUAAUCAUGAUUGUCUACCGAAUGCAUGUAGGUUUGAGUAUGUUGAUAGCGAUGGGGAUAGUGGGAGUAAUACCGAUAUUGUUGUAAGGGUGUUACAUGAUGUUCCUGAGGGGAGAGAGAUUUGUUUGAGUUAUUUUCCAGUGAAUUUUAAGUAUUCCGAAAGGCAGAAAAGGUUGAAGGAGGAUUAUGGUUUUACUUGUAAAUGUGAUCGGUGUGUGGUCGAGGCUAAUUGGUCUGAUCAAGAGGAGGAGGAUGCUAUGGAUAAGGAGGGCGAGGGAAGUGGAGAGGAAGAGGAUGAAGCAAUGGAGGAAGAUAUGGAUGAUGAGGAAAAUGUAAAUGUCGAGGUGGAGGAGGGUGAUCAAGAUUUUCCUCACGCGUAUUUCUUCCUUAGAUACAUGUGUAAUCGAGAGAAUUGUGGGGGUACGUUGGCUCCAUUGCCUCCUUCGGAUGCAUCUCCAUCCACAGUUAUGGAAUGCAAUGUUUGUGGUAAUUUGAGCAAAUCUGAUGAGCUAUAAGGUUUGUGCCGGGGACUAUUGAAGUAUGUCAUGUUUCCAUAUAAGCUAGCUUGGCAAUUUGAGCCUUUGCAUGAUGUUUGCCCUAUCUAGGCUUGCAAAGCAUAGGCUAGACAAGCGGUACACUCCCCCCCCCCCCCCCCCCCCCCACCGAGCUUAGAUUUAAUGAGCUUAGUUUGUAGCUAGAACUUCUUGUCACUCUGUAUUUGGUAGCUCACCUUGGUUUUCCGUUUUGUUAGCUUGUGAGCAAGUGCCAUAGUAAUGACUUGCGAACCUUUCAAUUUUCAUGUAUACUCUUUGUGGAGUGAUAUGUUGAGCAGUUUAACAAUCGAUUUGUCUAA